AGGGAGAACUGCGCCAAAACGGGAACGUAUACGAGACUGCGAGCGUCUAUCCGCUUGCAACUCGAAGUUGCUGCCGCCAUCACGGCUCUCAGCGCAGCUCAUGGCAUGCGCUCCGCCGCCCCACUGCCAGAUCAUCCCGAGCUGACUGUGAUCCAUAACAGCGCAUGGUCGGAAUAUAGGCUAGAAAACACCCGCUUGUGCAGAGGUGCUCAUCGGACUGCACAUUCCGUGUUUGAAUGUUUCUGGCUCGACAUGGUCGUGUGCCUGGUUGUCGCCAUAUUAUGGCCUAUUUUUGCCUGGCACAGUGCAUUCAAGGCCGGGCUGGCUGCCGCUAGCACACUUUACGCCUACACUAGAUGCACUCAGGUUUUGCGGGAGUCUGUCGUAGUCCUCCGUUCACUCGGCCUACAGCUGGAGACGCAGAGAGGACUACCUUUCAUACCGCUGUUCACGUCGCGCAGGUUCAUACCCUUCACUACCUUGCGAGACUUUGUCAUCAACGAAGGUCUGCGCGGCUGGUCUGUUCACUAUUAUCUGGCCGUAAUACAGCAGUCGUCUAACGGGGAAGUCACGAUCGAUGUGCCAUUCGAGAACAUCAUGCCGCGAUUCCCUAUUCUUCUGGAGGUAUAUCAUGGGGUGCACGAACUCCUAUUCGAUGACACCACGGACAGCAUCGCACAGACAUGCAACAAUUAAAUACGCUCAAAACUGAUGCCGACUACAUAGCAAACAACAGUGUGGAUGCAGACCGAUAGUGACCGUUAGACGUGACAUAGCGUUAGUCUUCGCUUUCAUACGCGCUCA